AUGAGCGUCCGCUGGGCCUCGACACUUCCGCGGAUCAAAGCGACAAUUGGCCACAUUCCGCAACGACUCAAGGAUGGUUCGAUUCCAACAACUAGCAGAGCCAGAUUAGAAAUCUUACGGCAGAUUGUGACACGUUUGGUGCGAGAAGAGCGAAUAGAACUAAAAUGGAAUCGAGCUGUUGAGGCGAGGCCGUACAUGGAGAGACUAAUUCAAAUGUCCCUGCUACAUCCCGAUGACGAAUACACACAGAAAAUGCUCGAUUGGUGGCUGUUGGAUCACGAUUUGAAAGAUAAAAUGGCCAAGGUGAUUACUCCCCGUUUUGUUAAUGCUGAAGGGCCAUACACCUCGAUUUACCGAAUACCGGACCAAUUGCUUACAUCAAGAUUACGUGGUGGAAAACCCGUCGCUCACCGCUACCAGAUUGCAGUUCUGGAAAUAGAUGGUAACCCAUUUCCGUCUGUAUUUGGCCCCAUGUCUGAACAUAGUAAAGUCGACUCAUACAGUAUGGAUCCUUUCAUACCCGGGACCGGGAGAAGUGCCAGUACAUCAGCUGAAGACGCGCAAAAGGCGUAUCUCGCUGAACUACGAGCAAAAAUCACUGUCGGUUGGUUUGCCGGUCCGUUUGAUGCCAAUCCGAAAUUUGAUAAAGCCAUUGCGACAUACAGUCAACGAUUCGGAUUUGGGUCGUAUAACUUCGUGUGCUAUCCGAUAGGUGGCGCAAAACGAGGAUUUUGGAAAUAUGAUAGUGCAACCGAGAUGCCUCCAAUUGACUUGCCAGAUCUUCAAUUACAAAACUCACUUUGGGAAACAUAUGUAAACGGGCAAAUCAGCACUUGGAUUGAUUGUGAUUCGCAUGACGAACAGCUUGCCUUGUUAAGUGAAAGCGAGAUUUCAAAAGAACUGAAUUAUGCUUGUUAUCUCGGCUUAAGAAAUGUGACAGUUCACUUAAAACAUGCAUCUUCACCUCGACUUGCUGCAAUUUUACGAAAGUGGUUGUGGACAAAAAAUGCGCAUUUAACGAUUUGGGUUUUUGUUCCAACAACACUCGAAGUUCUUGAAAGAAAUCACGACGAUCCGGAUGAAAUUUGGACGAUAUGGGCAAAUUUUCGCCGACUUUGCAAUGAUUUCUUCUGCAAGAAACUUUUGGUUGGGCUACACCUGCAAUCAAAUAUCGAUGAUGAAUUUGUCGAUGAAAAGCUUUCUUCGAGGUGGAGAGGAGAGCCGUUGCUUCCGUUUUGCAUUGAUUAUGAUAUCUUUAUGAAUGCAACGGAUAAUCCUGUCCCAAUGUUAUCAAGAGCGCACGCCGAUCUUCUGUCGAAAUUAUGGAUGAAAGAAAUAUCCCGCGUGGUUAUUCGCGGCCCUUUGGACAAAGAGGUCCCACAAGAGACGCUUAUCAAUAUGGCCACUUCCAUACGAAAAGUUGUAGACAACUGCUCAUUUAUGGCUGAAGGAUUUACGGACACAGGCUUUUUGUCUUGCGGAACCAUUGAUUAUAUGGAUGUCUUGCAGAUGCCCUUGCAGCCACUUUCUGACAACUUGGAUUCAGGAGUUUACAACACUUUUGAGCAAGAUCCGGUCAAAUAUAAAAAAUAUCAAGAGGCCGUGAACAAGGCUGUUGAUGAUUUGGGAGAAAGCCCAGGUUGUGAAAACAUUGUGCUGUAUGUGCUUGGAGCUGGGCGAGGUCCUUUGGUAACGGCAAGUAUAGAAGCAAUACGAGAAUACAACAAAACCAAGCGCACAAAACACAAUCAACUCGAGAGUAAGAUUGUUGUUGUGGAGAAGAAUCCGAAUGCUGUUGUGACUCUCAGAUAUUGCAAUGAGAAAGCGUGGAAGAAUAAGUGCACAAUAGUUGAAAGUGACAUGAGAACACUGGAAGAAAAAGUCAACAAGUUGAAUUUACCAAAGCCGGAUAUUAUUGUUUCUGAGCUUCUCGGUUCUUUUGGAGAUAACGAGCUCUCGCCAGAAUGUUUAGAUGGGGUGACAUCAGUGCUCAAGCCAACUACGAUUUCUAUUCCCCAAUCUUACACGAAUUAUAUUGCUCCGAUUCACUCGACGUUUAUGCAUCAAUCGGUGAUUAAUGGAGCUACACCCUACUGGUGUUCAGGAAUGGGUUUCCAUGGUAGAAGUCUUCCAGAGGAGCAAGAUGAUGGAAGUUGGAAAAUAAUCGACAGAAAAGGCCCAGAGAUUACAAACAUGGACCAAGUUUACGUUGUGUUUUUACGGUCGUAUUUUCUUCUCGCGAAACCUGUGCCGGUAUUCAAGUUCGAUCAUCCGAAUUUCAAAAGCUCAUCAAACGAGCGCAAUGGUCGUGUGAAAUUUACCAUGGAAAUCAACUCUGAUAUAAUGGGUUUUGCUGGUUAUUUUCACAUGACCCUCUACAAAGAUGUGGUAUUAUCCAUCGAACCAUCAACUCAUUCACCAGGUUUAAUUAGUUGGUUUCCAGCUUUGAUCCCACUGCGGAAGAUGCAUCGUUUGAAAAGUGGAGAUCAGGUGACUUUUUGCAUUGAUCGAAAAAUUGAUGAUACCGGUGUCUGGUACGAAUGGUUCAUUGAAUAUGAGGAAAAUGGUCUACUCAAGCAGAGCCCUCUACAGAAUGAAAAUGGUGAAAGUUAUUACAUGAGAUUG